AUGGAUCCGAGAAUCGCCUGGUUUCAACCAGAACAACGUGGACCCGCUAACAACCUGUGGAUGCAGAUUUGGGAGACGACACAAGGGCUCGGGUACUUGCACGUCAAUAACAGCUACACCGCUGUCAGCAUCGCGAGCCUGAAAGCUACCGUCAUCGGGGCGUCUGGAGCCGUCCUGACAAGCAGAAACGGGGCACUUGACUCAAACACCGGUAGCGGUGAAGCCAGGACUGUGGGGAUGUCGACGUCAAGGGGGAACGGAGAAAUGUCGGAACAGCGGGACUUUAUACCGCUGGAAACCAAUAGCAACCACAACAACCGAGCCGCUGGCAGGGGCGGUGUCGGCGGAGUGGGACAGCAGCAGCAGCAGCAGCAGGGCAGCGGGGUCGCUGUGCUUUGGAGGGGGCUGACGGACGGACACCCCAACAAAAGGAAAAGAGACAACAAAGCUAGCACUUUUGGAUUCAAUUUCAGCCUCUUGAACAGCGGCUCCAACACAGGGGACUACGAUGGUUAUACGGGCACACCAUGGAAAGUCAGGAACUACUCAGAAGGAAUUAUAGGGUUACACGAGGAGGUCAACGACUUCUAUAAAUACAUCUCCCCACGGAAGGAAGAAGAGAAGAUGAGAAUGGAGGUGGUGGACAGAAUAAAGGGUGUCAUCCACGACCUGUGGCCCAGUGCUGAGGUCCAAGUGUUUGGGAGUUUCAGCACUGGUUUUUAUCUGCCAACAAGUGACAUUGACCUCGUCGUUUUUGGGAAGUGGGAGACGCUCCCGCUCUGGACGCUGGAAGAGGCUCUCCGGAAGAGGAACAUUGCAGAUGAGAACACCAUUAAAGUUUUGGACAAAGCCACGGUUCCCAUCAUCAAACUGACUGACUCCUUCACUGAGGUCAAAGUGGACAUCAGCUUCAAUGUGAAGAGUGGCGUUGAAGCUGCUCGGCUCAUCAAGGACUACAAAGAGAAAUACCCUGUGCUGCCUUACCUGGUCCUGGUGCUGAAGCAGUUCCUACUGCAGAGGGACCUCAAUGAGGUUUUCACCGGUGGAAUUGGCUCCUACAGUCUCUUUCUCAUGGCUGUCAGCUUCCUGCAGCUUCACUACAGGGAGGAUGUGUGCAGUCCCAACAUCAACAUCGGUGUUCUUCUCAUUGAAUUCUUUGAACUCUACGGUCGCCACUUCAACUACCUGAAAACGGGCAUCAGAAUAAAAGAUGGAGGUUGCUACGUUGCCAAAGACGAGGUUCAGAAGAACAUGAUGGAUGGUUACAGGCCCUCCAUGCUCUACAUUGAGGACCCACUGCAGCCAGACAAUGAUGUUGGCCGGAGUUCGUACGGUGCAAUGCAGGUUAAGCAGGCCUUUGACUACGCCUAUGUGGUGCUCAGCCACGCCGUGUCACCCAUCGCCAAGUACUAUCCCAAUAACGAGACAGAGAGCAUACUUGGCAGAAUAAUCCGGAUAACGCAGGAAGUGGAUGAAUACAGGGAAUGGAUCCGAAAGAACUGGGGGAGCCCGUCUCAGAAUGAUCUGCCACUCAACAGAAAUGAUGUCACACUGUUUGAGUCCCAGCAGCUCGAUGAGUGCAACAACAACGUUCCAGAUGACGACGAUGUUGUAGUUCUACCGUCGGCUCCCCACAGCAAAGCCUCCUCUAACUCCUCCUCUCCAUCCCCUUCACUUCGCUCCUCUCCCUCCUCCUCUCCGCUGUCACCUUCUUCCACGGCUUCAACCGCCAGCUCCAGCGAUGCGGACUCUGAUGGCACGCCGUGUAAAACAGCCAAGCAGCAGCCUGGCCAGGGCCCCAGCGCUCACAGAGAAAAGACUGCUGUUGUCGGUAAUCACCGCACACAAAGCCACACUACCAGCACUCCAUCUGGAAGCAACAAGGGAGGAAAGGCCAGGAUAUCUCAUUCUCAGCUUAAGAGCGGCCACCACGGGCAACAGAGCUCCUCCUCCAGCACCAAAAGUCACCAGAACAACAAGCCACACCACCAGGGCAACAGCAAGAAGAGGAAAAAUGUGCGAGACUCUACACAAGAAGACCUCUGCAGAUAGGGGUGACCUCGCCUGCCCCCCACCCCCACCCCCACCCAAACCCCUCCUACCCCCGUCCUUGUCUGCAACUGACUGACUGUCCGGCCCCACUUCUGCUGCCAGACUCCAGCCUUGGGAGGUUGUUAGAAGUAUUAAAACAUCUACGGUAUAUGUCUCUCUAUCAAGCUUUUCGGGGUGACGAGCAACGGUUUCUAGCAGGGGAGAAAAAAAAAGAACAAAAAAAGAAUUCUUAUAGGAAAUGGGGUUUAAUUUCUCGGACCUGAACUUGAAAUCACAAAGGAUAAAAAGUGCAUUUGCUUCCCAACAUCUUUUAUGGAGGGGUUUUCCUUCCCACAGCCAGCACCUACACAACAUGUCUCUUGCGCCUCCUGCUGUACAGGAAAAGACAGGUCGGGUGUCUGGGAUCUACUCUGGAGCAAUACCUGGAACUGCUGCUGGCUGGAAAAUAGGAUGAAAAAUGUUAUCAAAAAAAAGAAGAAAAAAGCAAAUAGCCUAAAAUGUACAAAAACAAAAAUGUUAUGUUGAACAACAAACACCUACACAGAUUUUUUUUAAGAUGGUAACUUACAAAUGCAAUCAGUAAGAGUGGGACAUAAGUUAUGCAUGAGAUUUUUCUGUUGGUUGAUUUUUCUGUUGGUUUAAUCUGUUUUGUUAUGUUUAAAAACAGGUUACACAAAGAUUUGUACAAAAAAACGCAGAAGCAAAAAAAAAAAGGUUUAAAAAAAAUACAAGUCAGAAGAAAAUGUUUCAUAUUACCUUUUUACAAGAUAUACCGGUUGAAGAUAUGUAAACAUGCACAUCUUGUGCCCGCAGCUUUUUGGCCAAAGCCGAGGGCUGGUUUGGGUCCCAUUGCCAACAUAAAUCAUCAGCAUCUACUUUUACUCCUGGUUGCUCUCUGUGAGUGUGUGUUAACAUUUAGCCUGUAGUGAGCCUAGCCUCAUAUACAGCUCUACAGAUGACUGGAUGGCGCCUGGUCUCUUACACAGCUCAAUAGCACAGUCACACCAGUGUAGAGGCUUUAAGACUACAGAUUUAAAUUAAUGAGGGCUGAUAAUGGUUUUAUUGAGAAAUCCUACACUUGAAAAGAAAUGUGUUAACAAUACAAACUGUGGGUGAUGAUCUGUUCUCUACCCACUGCAAAAUCAUUUGUAUUUGUUAAAUGUAUUUAUUUUUUAUUAAUUAUAUGAACAUAGUAUGGAUAAAUGUAUUAUUAACAUUAGAGUCCAUAUAUUUGAGUCCUAUAUGUGAAAUAGGAGAAGUUGCGGGGAGGUGGGGUGGGAACAGGUAUAUUCAGGUACAGUAAAAUACCACCUUUAUUAUUUCAUGGGUUGUUUUUUUGUUUUUUCAGUGACAGUUGAGCGACCAAGUUAUUUUGGAAAGUAUGGGAGACCAUUUUACAAGUUCUCGCUGAGAACUUUGUUUUAAUAUGUGCUGGUCUACUUAGUUUAAAAGGGAGCUGAUUUUUAUUUCAUUUGAUAAACUAUCAUAGCGACACACUUCAAUGUCAACCCCACGCUGCCAUUGCAACAACUAACCUGUAGAUGGAGACAUCGCUCCAAGUCUGAAUCCACGGAGUUUGGGCUUGUAUACUGCAUUUGGAUGGUAUAUCUCUGGGGCCGGGGGAGGGGGGGUAUAACAUCCUGAAAUUUCAACUGAAUGAUCGGCUGCCCAUAGAAAACCUGUUGAGCUGAGUGCUUGCUGGAGUACCACACCAAAGCGCACACACACCACAAGCCCCUUAUUAUCUCAGUCCCAAAUGUGACUUUGAUCACCCACAGUAAAAGAAAAAAGGAGCCAGCAAUAAAAAACACCUUACAUUAUAUAUCAUUACUCUACAAUGACUACUGCAGCUACAGGAUGCCAUGCUCACCGCUGAGCAUGUUUGAAAAAACUGAGCACUAAUUAUAAUUUUUGUUGAAAAGCGUAAAGCAUGGUCGUCCCCCCCCCCCCCCCCCCCCCCCAAUCCCUCAGUUUAAAUGCAGUAUAUAAGUGCCGGUCUGGUGGUAGAUGGUGAAUAAAAUUAGCCGUGCCAUCUAAAUGUUCACUUUGUCUUCACUGCAGGAAGGCUUCAAACCCAACUGUCCUCAUCUGAAACGGUGUUUCUCUGCAGCUAUUACAAUUCAUGCAAUAAAAACAGUACAAAUAAACUGUGUGUUGAGAUAA